GCAUUAUGUAUUAUGCUGUACAGGCUGCAAGGAGUGCUGGCAUACCAGUAAUUUUUGACGCUGGGGGCAUGGAUUCUCCAAUUCCACAAGAAUUACUGAACUAUGUUGAUAUUCUGAGCCCUAAUGAAACUGAACUUGGUCGCCUUACGGGAAUGCCAACUGAAAGUUUUGAAGAUAUUGCACAGGCUGCAGCUAAAUGCCAUAAAUGGGGAGUUAAGCAAGUACUUGUAAAGCUUGGAGAGAAAGGAUCAUCACUUUUUAUUGAAGGAGAAGAACCGAUUCAGCAACCUGCCAUAUUUGCUAAGAAGGUUCUCGAUACAACUGGGGCUGGUGAUGCCUUUACAGCUGCUUUUGCUGUUGCACUAGUUGAGGGCAAAUCCAAAAAGGAAUGCCUCAAAUUUGCCGCUGCUGCAGUUUCUCUGUGUGUUCAAGUGAAGGGGGCCAUUCCCAGCAUGCCCGAUAGGAAAUCGGUUCUAGAACUUCUUAAUUAUCAUUAAGGAUCUUGCAUGAGGCGGAAGGUCAUUGAGGCAAGAUUGGCUAAGCAAAAGUGGAAAAAAGCAUGUACAAGGGAGAACACAUGAAGAAAAUAAGGAAAAACACACUGAGCGAAGUGUGCAUGUGCACAAGCAAGCGUGCGUGCGCAUAAGAAGAGAUUUACAUGUGUGCGUACGCACAGGACCCUGCACGUGGUUUCAUUAAUAAAACACGUGCUGCGCAAUUUCUGAGGGCUUUUGGCCUAAUUUUUUAAGGCUAGAGGCUGAAUUGAAGUGCUAUAUGAAGGGAGUAUCAACACAUAUGAAGGCAUUAGGUAAAGUUAGGACUUAGAACUUUAUUUUUUUACAUUUUUUCCAUAGUAGUAGGAGUAGGAGUAGGAGUAGUGUAGAUUACGGAGAGCUCUCUUAGGGUUUUAAUUAGGGUUCAAUUGUAGCACUUUAUAGAAGCUUUGAUAUUUAAUUUUGCUCAUCUUUAUUGUAAGUACUCUCAAUUUCCUCUUUAAUUAUAGCACAUUUACUUUCAUU